GCAAGACCGGAAUUUUCUUAUCUGUUCUUUGAAGUUCCGCUGCCGUUUUAUUCUUCUAGUGAGAGAAAUGUAUUGGGGAACAGUUGCCAUUGCCUGCCUGACAGUAGUAUUGGGCUGUGAUGGGGCACGUAUCCUGGGAUUGGCAGCAUUCUCCAUGCGGAGUCAUUGGAUCGUGAUGGAACCUCUCUUCCAGAAGCUGGCUGCCGUAGGACACAACGUCACCGUCUUCUCAUCUUUCCCCCAGAAGACACCAUUGCCCAACUACAAAGAUAUUGAUUUCUCUGAUAGAAUGAAACCGAUAGUAGAUACAUUUACUUUUGACAUGAUCAAAACGACUUUGCCAAGUCCAUGGGUGGCAACAUUUUUCUUUAACUCAUCACAUGGAUCUAGUUGUAAGCUUCUAGAUGAACCGGAAUACAAGGACCUGCUGAGAGCAAAAGAUAACUAUGACAUUAUAAUAACCGAAGUAUUUGGAAAUGACUGUUUCGCUUAUUAUGCGUACAAGCUUGGAAUUCCGAUGAUUUCGAUUACGACCGGUAUGGCUGUGCCAUGGGCAGCAGAAAGAGUCGGGUUGCCGGACAAUCCAUCAUAUAUACUCAACUAUUUAAUGAAAUCUGGGUCCCAGAUGAAUCUCUGGGAUAGGAUUUAUAAUACUAUAACUCUCGUUUAUGCGAAGUUUUGGCAUCUGUACGUGUUUAAUCAACAGACUAGAGCAAUAGUCGAGAGAAGCUUUGGAGAGCAUUUGCCACCAUUGAAUGACGUACUUGCUAACUAUACAUCAAUGUAUUUCAUCAACAGUUAUCAUGCCCUUUUACAAAGCAGACCUUUCCCUCCUAACGUUGUUGAAAUUGGAGGAAUCCAUAUUAAGGAGAAACAACCAUUAGCGAAGGAUCUACAGGAACUUUUGGAUAAUGCAAAGAAUGGAGCUAUUGUAAUGAGUUUUGGAUCAUUGGUUCGCACAUGUACUUUACCAAAACACGUAAUAAGGAUGUUCAUGAACGUUUUCUCAAGAAUACCACAGAUUGUUAUUUUGAAAUACGAAGAGGAUUUUCCAGAGGCUCCAAAAAAUGUGAUAAUGAGGAAGUGGUUGUCACAGAGAGAUUUGAUAGAGCAUGAAAACGUUGUAGCUGUGAUUGCACACGGAGGCCUAUCAAGCACUAUUGAGGUGGUGAAUUUUGGCAAACCCAUGAUUGGAAUUCCCUUCUUCACAGACCAGUUUCGCAAUGUUAAAUUGGUAGAAGAGAAAGGUGCUUGUAUCUAUCUUGACAUAGAUGACAUUUCGGAAGAAAAAAUAGCAGAGGCAAUAUCAGAAAUAGUCUACAACACAAAGUACAGAGAUAACAUGAGGAGAUUGUCACUACAGUUCCGAGACCGGCCGAUGACAGCGCUACAGUCAGCUGUGUACUGGACUGAGUACGUCAUUCGACAUCAUGGUGCUCCACACUUGCAACCAGCUUCUGUCCACCUUCCCUUCUAUCAGUACUUGCUACUGGACGUCAUAGCCGUUCUCAUCAUCGGUUUUGUCACCAUCAUAUACACUGUUUACUUUAUCAUCUCUCUUUUACUGGCUGCACUCAAACACAAGAAUCACAAUAAACGUGAAAGAACUAGUACGAAGAAAAAAAAUUAAUCUACUAUAAAAUUCUCAUUCAUGCCCUUGAGUGCUACAUGUUUAUUACAGUUGUUUGUCGUAUCUACUACAUCCAUUUGACUAAGUUCUGCAUAGAUUCUUUUCAAAAUCUUAGUUCAAAAUAAUAGUGUAUUAUUAUUUUUAAAUAGCCAGGAAUAUAAACGGACAUGCAGAUAAAUAAGAAGAUAAGAUAUAAAUAGGAAAGAGAAGUAAUGGUAAGAAGGGUGAUUGUCAUAAACCUUAUUAAUAAUUCCUGUUUAAUUCACCCAACUACAGUGCUUGGAAGAGGUGAAUGGUGGACAAAGCAUCUGACCCCACAUCUCCUACAGCUCUGGAGGUAUUUGUAUUUCACCUACUGGAGUUUGUAAGGCUGUCUUGGAAAAUAUUGGCACCAAGUAAAGAAAUGAGCACCAAGUAAAGAAAUGAGGGCAAAUUCCCUGGCUCUUGUUGGUUUUCAAAGAAACUUUUGUUAUUUGAUCAAAAUACAAUACAGUUUCCAUCCACCUUCUUCAGUUCUAACUCUAUUGUAAAUACCACUGUGAGGUAACACCCCAGAAACUUACUAUCUAAUAAUGUAAAGAGAAACCAACAGCUUGCAGUACAAAUUCAUUGCUAUAAAAAUAUGUACAAAUUUUAAAAAUAAUAUAACAUUUAUACUAAAAAGACA